UUCACCUAUCUUGGCCGCUUGUCUGGGGGCUCUGCGAGAUUGGAAACCGCGGAGUUUCCUUGUUGAACCUUGUGGGCACGCUGCGUUGGUUUGCUAGUGCUGGGCCCUGGCGGCGGACAAAAGCUAACACCUGAGGGGAAAAUGAGGUGUCCCUGAAGCCAGUAGCCCCUGCCAUGAAGAAGAUUUUUAGUAAGAAGGGCGAGUCGCCCUUGGCCUCCUUCUCCAGCCGUCGGAGGACCGGCGCGGGUGUCGCUUGUGAGCAUGGCAACGGCGUCUACUCACAGCCCGGGUACCACGUCCGGGACCGAGACCUCGGGAAGAUCCACAAGGCCGCCAGCCUGGGUCAGGUGGUCAAAGUGCAGCAGAUCCUUUUGCUCAGGAAAAAUGGCUUGAAUGAUAGAGACAAGAUGAGCAGGACUGCUCUACAUUUGGCCUGUGUCAAUGGCCAUUCAGAAGUGGUGACGCUCCUGGUGGACAGAAAAUGCCAGCUUAACAUGUGUGACAGUGAAAACAGGACAGCUCUGAUGAAGGCCGUACAAUGCCAGGAAGAGGAAUGUGCAACUAUUCUGCUAGAACACGGUGCGGAUCCAAAUCUUGCAGAUGUCCAUGGCAACACUGCUCUCCACUAUGCUGUCUAUAAUGAAAAUAUACCAAUAACAGCGAAACUGCUCUUACAUAAUGCAAAUAUUGAAGCAAAAAACAAGGCUGAACUCACACCACUUUUGCUUGCUAUAAAUGGAAAAAAACAGCAAAUGGUGGAAUUUUUAGUACAGAAAAAAGGAAAUAUAAAUGAAGUCGAUAAGUUGAAAAGCAAUUGCCGACUACUUUCUGAAUAUAAAGAAGAAAAGAUACCUGAAAAUCUUUCUCAACAUAGCAAUUCAGUGGAUGGAAGUUCUGAAGACUCUUUAAGCAGGCUUUCCGAUAAACCGGAUAUUGAUGAUUCAUGGCCUACCUCAGAUGAUGAAGACUUCGAUUUUGAUACCAAGAAUGUCCCAAAACCAAGUUUAACAAAGCUAAUGACUGCUUCUCAGCAAUCCAAGAAAAAUUUGGAAGCACAGUAUGGCACUGUGAGGACAGAAAGUACAAUCUUGAUUGAGGACAGGAAUUCUGAGAGUCCAAAGGAAGAUGUGGUUGAAGGCCUUCCUUCCAGAGCAGUCAAAGUCCAGGCCUUUGCUCAUCCUGCCUUUCCAUCACCUGGCCCUCAUCCUAAACCUUCCCUCACGUCUCUGGCAAACCUAGGUCUUACAGAGGAAGGAACAACAAAGCCAGCGAUUGGAAAAAAAGAAAAUGGUAUCGGUAUUGCUAGUCCUACAGUAGAGCAAACAGAUGACAAUUUGACUUUGGAUGGAGUGCGUAAAAAUAAUAGAAGUGAUAUGAUGUCCGCAUUAGGAUUAGGACAAGAAGAAGAUAUAGAGUCACCUUGGGAUUCUGAGAGUAUUUCCGAGAAUCUUCCACACAAGUAUGUUGAUCAUUUAUCUGGGGCUGCAGAUCAAGAAGAAGAAGAUACAGUAAAUGGACAAGUAGAAGAUGUGUUUUAUAUACCUUCUUGCAUGAGUGGAUCAAGAAACUUUAAGAUGGCUAAACUAGAGGAUACACGAAAUGUAGACAUACCAGUAGCCCACAUGGAUUCUCCUAAGAAAUAUCCUCACUUGAAGCCUACCAUUGAAAUGAAAGAUUGUGUUGUGAACAAAGCAGUAGGAAUGAAGGAGAAACAUACAUAUGGAUCAGAACAUGACUUAGAAGUGACAUCAGAAGAAGAGCAAGAAAGUCUUGAAGGAAGGGAAAAUAACCAGCCAUGGGAUAAAGUUACUUUAAAAACAUGCACCCUCACAGAAAAGACAUCUGAGAAACAAAACAAGCAAAUUAAUCUUCCACAUUUACAUCUGCAAAAAAAGUCUCAAAAACCAGAAAUGGACAAGGAUUGUGGUAGAGAGAAUAUAUCUGUAUAUUCAAGACUUCUUUGUGUGCAAAAGAAUGAGGAAAUGUGGAUCAAACAAGGCAAAUUAGAGUGGAAAAAUAAAUUGAAACUCAGCACAAAUGCGUUAAAGCCGAAGUGUGGUGAAAUUAGUGAAAAAUACAAAAUUCCCACUUCUCCUGAGGAAGAGCCACUGCAUGAUAACACUAAAGGAGGUGCAAACUUAAAGGAAAUGCCCUCUAAUUUGACAAAUAAUAAGCUGGAUUGUGAAGAAAAAGAUACUACGAUCUCUGUGGUAUUUCAGGCAUGUCUUGAACAAAAAGAGCGUAGUCUGAAAAAUGGCUUUCCAUCGCCUUCAUACUCUGGGUCCCUGGAAUACUCUUGCCAGUCAUCUUCUAAGCUUUAUUUAAAUGACAAUAAAUUAGACAGUGAAAAUAAUAACAAACCAGACACUGAACAUGUUUUUAACACAAAUGAGGAGAAUUUUUGUAAUGAUACAGAAAUUGAAAAAGUAAGGAACCCAAAAAAUGUUACAGUUGAAAUGAAAGAAGACCAAGAAUUUGAAAUGCAAAUGACAGAAAGUAUGAACCAAAAUACCACUAAUUGGAAAUUAGACAUCGGACAUACAUCUCAGUCUAGUGAUCCAAAAAACUCUCUUGAUUUAUGGCUUACCCCCUUCAAAGAAAGGAAGCAUUUGAAUAAAAAAAAAAGGCACAGCAUUUCUGCUGUUAUGGACACUUUUGAGAAAACAAAACCAAUACAGGACUUGUUCCAGAAGUCAUUGUAUGAUAAUUGCAGCGCUAAUAACUGUAAAAGCAUGGAACCUGAGUUAGAGAAUGUGAGUUCUUCCCCACCACAUAGCAACAGAACAUCAAAAGUGUAUCUAAAAGAAGAAUUACAGCAAGAUAUGCAAAGGUUUAAGAAUGAGAUAGGCAUGUUAAAAGUAGAGUUCCUGGCUUUGGAGAAAGAAAAAUUUCAACUUCAAAAAGAGGUUGAAGAAGAAAGGAAGAAGCACAAAAGUAAGGAAAUGGAAGUAUCAGAAAACCUAUAUGAUGGUGCUGCUACUGGUGAUGGUGGUGGAUUCAUUCAACAAAAUAAGAGUGGAAAAACUGAUAAUCAGCAAUUUACUAGGAAGGAGAAGGAAAAAUGUGACAGCAGUCCUGCCCUGCACAUGAAGGAAGUAAGGAAAAAUGAUAAUGAAAAAUGGACCUCAAAAGAAUCUGUGAUGACACCAGUGUUUGAGAAGGCCAAUUUACUAACAGGUGGUCUGCUACUGGGGAAUGAUGACAGCAGUUUGAGUGAGCUAGAUGAAGAUGAAGGAAGGCCUGCAAAGAAAACAUCUAAUGAAAAGAACAAGGGCAAAAACCAAACACAUUCGAUGGAUGACCUUGAUGACUUAACUCGGUCAUCUGAAACACCCUCAGAGGAUUGUGAGUUGCCUUACUCGAAUUACAAGAAUACUAUGUUGCUCAUUGAACAACUUGGAAUGGAUUGUAAAGAUUCUGUUAGCCUUUUGAAAAUCCAGGAUGCAGUUCUUUCAUGUGAAAGAUUAAUGGAACUUAAAAAAAAUCACUGUGAACAACUUAAAAUAAAAAUUAAAAAAAUGGAAAAUAAGGUUAGUGUCCUACAGAAGGAGCUAUCUGAAACAAAAGAAAUCAAAUCACAGUUAGAACAUCAAAAAGUUGAACUGGAAAGAGAACUCUGCAGUUUGAGAUUUACCUUAAAACAAGAAGAAGAGAAGAGAAGAAAUGCUGAUAUGUUGUAUGAGAAAAAUAGAGAACAGUUGAGAAGAAAAGAAGAGCAAUAUAGGAAAGAAGUUGAAGCAAAACAACAACUUGAACUCACUCUCAGAACACUAGAUAUGGAAUUGAGGACUGUAAGAAAUAAUUUGGAUCAGGUAGUACAAGAGCGAGAUGACACUCAGAGGCAACUUUCUCGAGAACAGAAUGCCAGAAUAUUACAAGAUGGGAUUCUGACGAAUCACCUUUCCAAACAAAAGGAGAUAGAAAUGGCUCAAAAGAAAAUGAAUUCUGAGGUUUCUCAUAGUCAUGAAAAAGAAGAAGACCUGUUGCAUAAAAAUCAUAUGUUGCAGGAUGAAAUUGCCAUGCUAAGACUGGAAAUAGACACGAUAAAAAUUCAGAACCAGGAAAAGGAAAAGAAAUAUUUUGAGGAUAUUGAAAUUGUGAAAGAAAAGACUGAGGACCUUCAGAAGACUAUAAAACUGAAUGAGGAAACAUUCACAAAAACAAUAUCCCAGUAUAGUGGACAACUUAGUGUUCUGACAGCUGAGAAUACAGUGCUGAAUUCUAAACUGGAGAAUGAAAAACAAACUAAGGAAAGACUGGAAACAGAAGUUGAAUCGUACCGUUCUAGACUGGCUGCUGCUAUACAUGAUUGUGAUGAAAGUCAGACAUCAAAAAGAGACGUAGAACUUGCUUUCCAGAGAGCAAGAGAGGAGUGGUUUCGAUUACGGGACAAAAUGAAUUUUGAUGUGUCUAACCUAAAAGAUAACAAUGAGAUUCUUUCUCAACAACUUUCUAAAACUGAAAGCAAAUUCAAUAGCCUAGAAAUUGAGCUCCAUCACACAAGAGAUGCUCUCAGAGAAAAGACUUUGGUUUUAGAACGUGUACAAAGAGACCUUAGCCAAACACAGAGUCAAAUGAAGGAAAUUGAACAAAUGUAUCAAAAUGAACAAGGUAAAGUGAGUAAAUACAUUGGAAAGCAGGAAUCUGUAGAGGAGAGAUUAUCUCAACUACAAAGUGAAAAUAUGCUGCUUCGACAGCAACUGGAUGAUGCUCAGAACAAAGCUGAUAAUAAAGAAAAGACAGUAAUUAAUAUCCAGGACCAAUUUCAUGCUAUAGUCAAAAAACUUGAAGCUGAGAGUGAAAAGCAAAGUCUUCUGCUAGAAGAAAGAAAUAAAGAGUUAAUCAAUGAAUGUAAUCAUUUGAAAGAAAGACAGUAUCAAUAUGAAAAUGAGAAAGCAGAAAGAGAAGUAGUUGUGAGACAACUUCAACAAGAACUGGCUGAUACCCUAAAAAAACAGUCUAUGUCAGAGGCUUCCCUAGAGGUUACAUCACGUUAUCGCCUUAAUUUAGAAGAUGAGACACAGGAUUUAAAGAAGAAAUUAGGUCAAAUCAGAAGUCAAUUGGAAGAAGCACGGGAUCAACACGCAGAGGCUGUGAGAUGUGCUGAGAAGACACAGGAUCACAUGCAAAAGCUUGAAAAAGAAAAUUCCAAGUUAAAAGUUACAAUCAAAAAGCAAGCAGACAGAAUUGAGCGGCUUCAGAAAAACUUAAGUGCAAGUUCAUGUGAGGAUGAAAAAGAAGAAUUAAAGAAACUUACUGAGUUAAAACAAUCUCUGGAAUAUAACUUGGAUCAAGAAAUGAAGAAAAAUGAUGAAUUAGAAAAAGAAUUAUCGGGAUUUAAGAACCUUUUAAAAAUGACAAGAAAGAAGUUAAAUGAAUAUGAAAAUGGAGAGUUUAGUGUCUAUGGAGACUUAAAAACCAGUCCAUUUGAAACGGAUAUCCAGAUUAAUAAGCUAAAACACAAGAUUGAUGAUCUUACAGCAGAACUGGAAACUGCGUCUUCAAAAUGUCUCCAUCUGGAUACAAAGAAUCAAACUCUUCAACAGGAGUUAUUAUCUAUGAAAACAGUACAGAAGAAAUGUGAAAAAUUACAGAAGAAUAAAACAAAGUUGGAACAAGAAGUAGUAAACCUCAAAAGUCAUAUAGAAAUGAAUAUGUUAGAACUCGGUCAAGUAGAACAGUAUAAACAGGAGAUUGAAGAAAGAGCAAGACAGGAUAUAGUAGAAAAAUUAAAAGAAGUCAAUUUAUUUUUGCAGACACAAGCAGCAUCUCAAGAAAACUUAGAGCAGUUAAGAGAGAAUCAUAUUGCUUCAAUAAGAAGUCAGAUGGAACUCAGAAUUAAAGAUUUAGAAGCUGAACUCUCCAAAAUGAAAACUUCUCAAGAAGACUUUAAUAAAAUGGAGCUGGAAAAAUACAAGCAACUCUAUCUAGAAGAAUUAAAAUUUAGAAAAUCAUUGGCGACUAAACUAAGCAAAACUAAUGAGAAGCUAGCGGAAGUUAGUACCAAACUGCUUGUGGAGAAACAGCAGACCAGAUCUUUACUCACCACACUUGCCACGAGGCCAGUCCUAGAGUCACCUUGUGUUGGAACUCUUAAUAAUGGUUUAGUUCUCAACAGAAAACUUAUUCCAAGAGAAAACUUAGUGAUCCCUACCUCAAGCCCAUGGACUUCAAAUAACAGCAUGGAGAAUUACUUGACCAAGAUGCAGCAGGAGUUGGAAAAAAACAUAACUAGAGAACUAGAAGAAGCUGCCGCUGAAUUGGAAACUGAAUCCUGUAUAGCUUCUCCUGUAGGAUCUAUUGAUGAAUCAAAUCUAAAUCAAGAUCUAGUUUGGAAAGCAUCACGGGAAUAUGUACAGAUUUUAAAGAAAAAUUAUAUGACCUGAAAGAAAAUUUUAUUACUGGUCUGUUUACAUGACAUUUUAAUUGUUUUUCAUUUAAUAAUGUAACACAUGGAAA